AUGGAGAAGGGUGACAACAGCAGUGACAACAGCAGCGACAACAGCAGUGACAACAGCAGUGACAACAGCAGAGACAACAGCAGUGACAACAGCAGUGACAACAGCAGUGACAACAGCAGUGACAACAGCAGUGACAAGAGCAGUGACAACAGCAGUGACAACAGCACUGUCAACGCUGCUGUCAACGCUGCUGUCAACGCUGCUGUCAACGCAGCUGUCAACGCUGCUGUCAACGCUGCUGUCAACGCUGCUGUCAACGCUGCUGUCAACGCUGCUGUCAACGCUGCUGUCAACGCUGCUGUCAACGCUGCUGUCAACGCUGCUUCCACGUCACGUGUCAAGUCCACGUCACGACGUCUCAAGUCCACGUCACGACGUCUCAAGUCCACGUCACGACGUCUCAAGUCCUCGUCACGACGUCUCAAGUCCACGUCACGACGUGUCAAGUCCACGUCACGACGUCUCAAGUCCUCGUCACGACGUCUCAAGUCCUCGUCACGACGCCUCAAGUCCACGUCGCGACGUCUCAAGUCCACGUCACGACGUCAUUUACUAAUGGUAACAAUAAUGUGA